AUGGCGGCCCCAAACAGUGUCCACAGUCGCUCGCAUAGCCUGCUACUGCUGCAGAAGCUGCUCAACCUCCGCGACUCGGCGAGUCCUCUCACUCUUGUCCUCGAUGGCCUUGAACAGCCGGCGCAGCCCGUACUUGACGAGUUCAUGACCCGCGCAAAGAUUUCCAAAACAAAAGUCAUACUGCUCUCUUUCGCCACGGUCAAGAAGCCGCAGACCGUCGACGUCAUGGUCAAGGCCGCCGGCAGGGAUUUGCGACUCGUAGCCAAGGAACUGGCUGCGCAUUAUCCCGUCUUCGACCCGACCCAGCCAAGAGAAAAGCCGUCCCAAAGGGCCAUUAUUCUCAUCGACUCACUCAACAGCCUCGCCUCCACGGCCCCCAGCUCCCUCUCUCACUUUCUCUCAAGCAUCCUCACACCAGCAGUAUCAAUAGUGUCCGUGUACCACACCGACGUGCCCAUCCUCCUGCCCCCAUCAUUCAACGAGUACGAACCGCACCCCUUCACCAUCCUGAACCACCUCGCCACCGCCAUCCUCCGCCUCUCCAGCCUGCCCCAGGAAAUCGACAGGCAAAAAGCCCGCAACCGCGCCGUCCAGGAACCCGAGUGGGGCCUCAAGGAAGACCGCGAAGGCGUCAUCAUAGGCCUCAAGCCAAGGGCCCCAGACCAGGACAGAGGCGUCGUCGUCGACAUGGAGCUGCGACGCAAGAGCGGGCGGACAGUGACGGAAAAGUUCAUCCUGCAGCGCCACCUGCUGGCGGCGGGCAAGUCGGGCACGGGCAGAAUCACGCUGUUGACGGACCACGCCAUGUUUCGCCCGGCAGAGGCGGAUCGCGACGACGCGGAGGAGCCGGAGAGCACGUUUAGCUUGGGGCUGACGGAGAAGCAGAGGCGGGACAGGGAGGGCAUUGUGCUGCCGUACUUUGAUGCGCAGACGGAUAUUGGCGCCGGCGAGGGCGGCAGGAUAUUGUAUGAGAUGGGGAGGGAGGAUGACUUUGACGAGGAGGAGGAUGAGAUUUAG